CUCAUCAUUCUCAAAAACCCUCUGCUAUAAACUCUCUGGUCUUUUGUGCCUUCUUCUCACAAGAAAGCUCAAGGGUUUAAGUCUUUUGUGUGUUUAGAUUCAUUGAUAAUGGAAAAAAGAGAUGAAGAAGAAGAGGUUUCUCUUAAAACACUGAGUAAGAAAAUGGAUGAUUUUGCAAAAGCUAGAGAUUGGGAGAAGUAUCAUAGUCCUAGGAAUCUCCUCCUUGCAAUGGUGGGUGAAGUGGGAGAGCUAUCAGAGAUAUUCCAAUGGAAAGGGGAAGUGGCAAGAGGUUGUCCUGAUUGGAAAGAAGAAGAGAAAGUUCAUCUUGGAGAAGAGUUAUCAGAUGUGUUGUUGUAUUUGGUGAGGCUUUCGGAUGCUUGUGGUGUCGAUUUAGGCAAAGCGGCUCUACGAAAGAUCGAGCUUAAUGCUGUUAAGUAUCCAGCACCCAAAAAGACUGAUGAUCAUUGUGUUGGUGAUGGUGAAGAUUCGAGAAGCAAGAUUAAGUUGAAUGAAGAACAUUAAGUUAAAUGAAGAACAUUAAUCUCUCUUGUUAUGAAGUUGGGAGCAAGAGUCAAGAACAUAUAAGUCUGAUUAUAUUUCAGAUGAAUCAAUUUAUGUAAUGCGUUGUCCAAUGAUAACUAGAUAAUUGUACUCUCGAGUCACAAAGAAUGAACACCGUUUAUUA